AAGAAAAAGCGUGUUUUAUACAAGAAAACUCAUUAAAAUAAAAGUCCAAAAUAUCUAAACACUAAUCUACCACGUCUAUUACACACACACACACACACUUGAUCUUAAUUUAUUUUCAAGAUUCAAGAAAAUACCCAUUCCAUUACCACAACUUGACCACACGCCUAUAUAUAAAACAUAAAAGCCCUUUCCCCUAUUUCUCAUUCACUUUUCAUUUCAAAAGUAAAACAAGACAAACAAAAAAUACACUUAACCAUUUAUUUUUCUCUCAUGAAGAAUAAUACUCAACCUCAAUCAUCUUUCAAGAAACUUUGCCGGAAACUAUCACCAAAGAGGGAAGAUUCAGCCGGAGAGAUACAACAACAUAACAGUAGCAAUGGUGAGGACAAGAACAGAGAGUUAGAGGCUGUUUUUUCUUACAUGGAUGCAAACAGAGACGGUAGAAUCUCACCAGAAGAGCUUCAAAAGAGUUUCAUGACAUUGGGAGAACAAUUGUCUGAUGAAGAAGCCGUAGCUGCUGUUAGAUUGUCUGAUACGGACGGAGAUGGGAUGUUGGAUUUUGAGGAAUUUUCUCAGUUAAUCAAAGUAGAUGACGAAGAAGAGAAGAAGAUGGAGCUCAAGGGAGCGUUUAGACUGUAUAUUGCAGAAGGUGAAGAUUGUAUUACACCAAGAAGCUUGAAGAUGAUGCUAAAGAAGCUAGGAGAAUCAAGAACCACUGAUGAUUGUAGAGUUAUGAUUAGUGCUUUUGAUCUCAAUGCUGAUGGAGUUUUAAGCUUUGAUGAGUUUGCUCUUAUGAUGCGCUAAGCCUCCAUUGUUGUUGUUGUUGUUGUUGUUGUUGUUCUUUUAUUUAAUCUCUUAUUGUAUAUAAUUUAAUAGUUUGUGACCCAAUAAAUACGAUUGUUAUUUGAUUAAGGAUCCAUAUGUGAAACUUUGUUAUAUUAGAGAAGAUGUUUUUUUAACAUG